AGAACUUGCGCCUCGAGCUGGCCUGCCUGCCUGCCUGCCUGCCUACGACGCUACCUCUCCCCCUCCCCACAUAUAGCCUCAAUGGCCCGCCGACCUGUCGCCGCAAAACGCAACCUACCUACCAGCCAAAGAGCAUACCCUCGCCGCCACCGACGCGCAAAGUACACGCUCGCCCGGCCACCCAGUCAGUCAGUCAGCUCCGCGGGUUGCGCGAGAACCGCGCGCACACACACACACACACACACACGGAUACCCGUGCCAGCCUACCGCCACGCAGAAGUCGCUCCCCUCACCAACGCCCAAAGACGGAACAAUACCCGUACAGCAGCGCAGCAGAAAGAACCCAAGACCAAUCACAAACAACGACAACAAGGGCGCAACACAAACCCUGCCAUACCCACUCACACAAGCCAAGCCCCGCUCUCCAAAAACCAAAACCAAAAAGUCGAGGCGCGAGCACUGCUUUUGUACCACCCAAUAUAUAGCACAGUGCACGCCACGCCCUCACUGGAUAGCUACCUAGCUACUUCUCAGCUAUCAGCUACUGCAAUGCGAGUGCCUCCUCAUGAAUCACAUGCGCUGCGGAGCGGCGAUGCGUACACCCAUCCAACAAGCCGUGGCGGCGUGGCCUAAUUUCUUUUUGGGAACCGUGCUUGCCGUGUUCGUGUCGAUGGGGACCUGCCAUCGGGUUGGUCGUGGGGGCUGUUCUUUCCGUGUGGGGGCUUGGUUUGGGAGUUAUGGCUUGUAGCUUGGGGGUGCUGUUGCUGGUGAGAUUGGUGACAUACCUAGUGACAGUGUUUGAGCGGGGCAGCAACGGGAGCUUCCAGUUGAGUUGUUAAAAAAAAAAAUAAAAAAAAAAAAUUAAAAAAAAAAAAGGCGUUUGUUGUUUAUUGUUUAUCGGCAUACUUAGCCGGGUAGGUGUCGAGUGGCUGUUUCCACCGCUUUCUCAGUACUCCUAUAGGUAAUGAGAGUAACGUCGCACGUUGAACAGUCAGC